GUUGUAUGGUGGUUUGCAACAUGAGAAUGGAAAAUUCCUUGUAAUCACGCAAAAACAAUGGAAAGAAAACAAGUAAACGCAUGGUCAGUAUGGAAAAAUAGAGUAAAUGUUCUUGUGAAAUUUUAUGAAAAGUCGGUGAAUAAGCGUUCGAAAGCUCCAGACUGUUGUCUUUCCUUCACUAUAACAGAUUGUUAAAAUGAUGGUUCAGUCAAACAAAUCCCUGAUACCAUAUAUAGCCCAAAGUAUAUGAUCAAAAUUGGAGAUUAAGAGGCUACCAAGUUCUAUACUGAGUUGGGAUCGUGAGAUGCAAAUUUUAUUUUUUAGUCAUUCAAUGACCUAGAAAUAUGAGGAUUUCAAGUCUGUGAAAAACCUAGAACCGGUGUUUUAACCAUAGGCCUAUUGUUUACGAUCUAUUAAAUACUGACUCAAAUUGAUGGAAAUUGGGGGUGGGAGCACAUGCAGAUUCUCGAAAGAAUACCAUAAAAUUUCCAUGUAGAUUAGUAGCCCGUGUUACAAGGGCAGCAAAAGCAAUUUAGACGUUUUUAUAAAAUUUCAAGCCCAUUCAAAUACAGGGCCGAAAUUUUGUUGGAAUUUUAUUUGACAAAGAGUUUGAAAGUUUACUGUAAACACCGAAAAAUUAGUAUAUACAGAUACAUGUAUAUAUUGCCAAACUAAUUUAUUUGAACGACAUAGCUAAAAGUCAUCACAUAACGAAUUUUUUUAAUUUUUAAAUGAAAACAUUGAAAAUUAAAAACUUGUAGGGUGGAUUGAGGAUACGGAAAAAAGUAUAUAGUUUAGCAGGAGAGUGCUAUGAAUUGUUUAUUAUUGGUCAAAGGUAGGUAGCUAAAGAAAACCGAGAAAAUAUGUUUUAAUGCACUUGUGUUGUUCUGAUAUGCAUGCACAGUAUGGUAAUGUUUUUUAGACUAAAAAUAAGAAACAUUGAUUUUCAUUCAAAGAAAAUCAAUAUGAACUUUUUAUUUUGCCGUCUAGAUGCAUUUUGGAUUUUCUAGUUUUAUUGUAAAUUCGUACAUAAAUUUUUAACACAUGGACUUUGCCCCUAUCUUUAAUAUACACGUUUGUUGUAUUAUAGAAAACAUAACACUUCGAUAUCUUGACACUAUUACAUGUAUGUCAUAAAAUGGUUCAUAUUUUAUCAACAUUAUCUUUGUGUAUUUUAUUCAUUUAUUUAUUUAUUUGCAAUGCUAUCAAAGAGUAUCUAAAAUGCCGCCGAUGUCAACACAGAGUGUCAUGGAGGAGCAACAUAGUAAAUUUGAGAGAGCACGUGUCUUUUGGAACUGGAUUUCACGGGUCGGAAGACAUUCAUCUUUUCGAGGAAAAAGUCCAUACGCAAGUUCACAGUUUCAAGGAUGAAAAAAAUGAUUACCACGUUUUCCUAACUGUAGAAGAUGUUGACAUUGACUGCCGCAAGAAAAAUAAAGUAAAGAGUGAUUGGUUUGUUGGUCUUACGGCAGCUGAAUGCAGAUGCCCCCGGGACUGGUGCCAGCGGCUCGUUGGUUGGCGCUUCCAAAAUGUUGACCGUCAUUUCUACGGCUUGCUUGUCAAGGAACUACAUGGACCCCACCUUAAAGGAUGGUUGUGGUGUCAGUCCUGUAGGAACCAUUUAUUCCAACUGGAAGAUAUCGUUCCCAAGGAUCCAGUGUCAUCCAAGAUAGUCUACAAGGAGAGUACAAUUAUUGGUCGAGUGUUUGGAGUCCGCGUUCCAGUCCUAAAGGAUGAACACGGUAUCCUAAGAAAGAUUCUAACCGUAACAGGUGAUAAGUUGAUGGGAAACAGAGGGGACCCUGUAAAGGCAGGGGAUGGCUGGUUUAAGGAUUAUAAAGAGUUUUGUCCAGUAUGCUGCUCAACCUGUGAAGAAAUCAUAGGGCGGGAAUAUAAGGCGACCAAGAAGGGCGGCGACACACUUGCCGUUGUGUUUUGGGAGAAAAUUGGUGGACAGUUUACCAUUCCUACAGGUCUCCGCUCUCUUCCUUAUAGUAACGUCAGUGACAGGAAGGCCAUUAUUGUGGGAAACACUUACGUCAGCGACCCCGAUACGCGGAACAAACUCAUGUGCUGUGCCAACGACGCCGACGCCAUGGAAAGAGAACUAAAAAGUCUUCGCCUUCCCUUCGAGGUGCGCACAUUGAAGAACGCAACCAAAGAUCAGAUCAUUUCAGCUUUAGAGAAUAUUCCGACAGAGAAAGACCAAGUUGUGCUGUUCUACUUCUCUGGGCAUGGAUCAGCCGAGAAAGGGUUUCACUUCAUAGUUCCCGACAGCGAUGACCGCCGGCACUGGGAGGAAGCAACCACGACGAGUUCAACCACGACGAGUUCAUACAUAAAUAUUCGCCAAAUUGAAACGCUGUUGAUGAAGACUGGGGCAAGGGUGAAGAUUUCUAUCAUCGAUGCCUGCAGAGGAACAGGUCAGUUCCAUGACCAAGUUUCAGAAGAGUGUAGGAAGGCCGUGGACGAUCUUUCACGCAGUUAUCUGGAUGAUGAUGAUGAUGGUGUCUUUGAAGAAGCAAGUUGUACACAAGUGGAAGAACGUGACGACGAAGAGGAAAACAGUACUCAGAGUACUGACGAAAAUCGCGCCGCAACUACGAGCGUCGAGCCCAGCAGCGAUGAGAAUGGGAGAGAUUUCCGUCGCUUAAAUGAGUCCCACCAGGGGUAUGGGUUUGUUAAGAUGUAUUCAUGCGCGGACGAUACCCUCUCUUCUGCCGGCGACCGAACAUCCUUGAGCAAUUUCACCAAACAUCUGGUCAGCGAAAUGACGAAAGAGCUUAGCAUUUAUAGGCUUUUUCAGCACGUGAACACCUUGAUGAAAAGCGACGCAGGGCGCUUGAAGCAAGUACCACGUGUUCAUUCAACACUUACCGAACCGUUCCGUUUUCAGACUCGUGAUCUGCCGGAUUUUUCUCACUUGCCAGCCAACAGGGAUUAAGUUAUGAUACCAUCAGUCGUCAAGCUUGAUAUUAAUAGCUAGAUAAUCAAAAUCUUAAUUUGCUGCUUUAUUCAAAUAUGAAGUAAGAUAAUAUACCAAUACAAAUAUAAGGUAUAAUUUUUGAAAAGAUACAGAACAAAUAUAGUCGUUCCAUAUAUUACGCUUCAUGCUAGCAAUUAUACAUUUUAGGAUAUUAUAUAAUUUGACACGUUUUAAAGACAAUAAUCCAAAAUUUCAAACAAUCAUACGAAUAGGAAUUGUUUGACAAAUACAUAGGCGACACAUAAAUGUAUUGCAUGUAAACGUGGAUUUCAGUGACACAAAUUCAACUUAAAGGUGCUAUAAGUUUACAAUAAUAUACUAUUUCAAAGUUAUUCAAUUAUUCAAUUCAUUUUGCUGAUUUCUGGUCAUUCGGUUAUUUUGCAUAUUUUCAUAUAUGUACUACUUCUUUAUCUCAGUGUAGCAGACCAUACGUAAUUCCAGUGUAUCCGAUUUUCAGUGCAUGUUGACUUCUUGAAAAUACCUUUAUUUAAUUAUAUUCAUAAUCACUGCAUCAUACAUUUUAACACUAAAUUAUUUUUAUAUAUUAUGUUGACCAGCCUCAGCAAUGUCUCAAUCUGUUGAUUUUGAAAAACAUAGUAAUAAACAUAUCCACGUGCGAUAGCAACU